AUGAUCUGCCCACCUCGGUCGCCUUUAAAACCAACUGACUACAUUUUUUGCACACUUUUAUUCAUGCAUGCAGCAUGAACACUCAAGAUAGAGAAUAAACCAUCCGUUUGCAUCCAUCACCAAACUACAGCAACAUGUGUCUGUUGAAAACGUGCAUCUUUGCCCUCCUCCUGCUGUCUCUCCCUCAGUCGACAAAUCAGUCAUGCAUAGAGGGGUCACCAAAACAGUGCCUAGAUGCAGAAGUUGCUCCAGGUACCAAUUUGGCAGGCGAAGGCUUCGACAUUACCAAAAUGGAACGUAAAGGGGCCUUUGUGAUCGACAUGAAUAAGUGGAAAACAAGGCAAGAAUGCACUCUGUGUACGAACACCUUUCUGGAAAACAAACUGCAAAAGCUGCCCGUGGCAGUGGUAGACUGGAGAGCAAUACAGUCCUGCAGCAGCAAAGUGGUCAGUAAACUCCACAGAUCCAGUGAGUCUCUGGUCAGUUCCAGCACGUCUUCUGUUGAAAACAACUGGCAGGCAAACCUAGAUCUUAAAUUAGGGAAUAAAGGCGCCUCCCUGAUGCUUGCUGGUACAGAUUCUAAAUUGGCUGAUUACUCCAUGGAAAAAACUAAGAAUGACAAAUUCAGCUUCACAAGCCAGGGCAUGGCGUGCGAGUACUACAGCUACAGAGUGUCUAGGAGUGCCAAGUUGCACAGAGAAUUUCAGAAAGCGGUGAAUGAUCUCCCCAAGAUCUACAGCUCUGAGCAAAAGCAACAAUAUUACAAACUGAUUGACACUUUUGGCACACAUUACAUCACCAAGGUGAAACUGGGAGGAAGAGUUCAAUCUGUAACCAGCAUCAAGCAGUGCGAGGCCAGCCUAAAGGGUCUUAGUGUGGAGGAGGUUAGUAUGUGCCUGGAAACUGAAGCGUCAGCUAGCUUCCAUGUUACAGUUUCAACUAAAUCAAAACACUGCAAAAAGGACACUGACAAGAUGGACACCAAGUCCGCCUUCUCCAGCCUCUUCAAUGACAGGUUCACAGAGAUAAAGGGUGGCCAUACGACAGAGCCAGACUUACUCUUUUCUGCUGACAAAGAUCCAUCUGCCUACAAGGAAUGGCUUAAUACCAUACCACAGAAUCCAGACAUAAUCUCAUACUCCCUUGACUCCCUGCACGAGUUACUACCCAUCAACAACUCUGUACGGGUAAACUUGCGCUCUGCAAUAGGCCAUUACAUCCUGGAGAAAGGCUUGUGGAAGAACUGCAGUGAACGCUGUCAGGCAGGCAGGAGGAGUGACUCAAGGGAUUCCUGUGUCUGCCAAUGUCACAAUGACCCGGCUGUAAACCAAGACUGCUGCCCGACCCGUAAGGGCAUGGCGCAGGUCAUCAUUACUGUACAGCGAGCCUCUGGUCUUAGGGGAGACUACUUCACAUCCACAGAUGGCUAUGUGAAAGUGUUUGUUAACAAGGUGAUGGUCCAGCGUUCUCCUGUCAUUCAUAACAACAACAACCCACGCUGGGCCAUGAUCGUCCCCCUUCAGUCCCAGGAUUUGUCAUUGGGAAAUAAAGUGACAUUUCAAGUGUGGGAUAAGGACAACAACUGGGACGAUGAUCUGUUGGGAAAAUGUGAGCAAGCUCUGUCCGCAGGAGUUAAGGAGGAUCUUUGUAACCUGAACCAUGGUCAGCUCUUUUUUAAGUGGGAGGUCAAAUGUGCUCCAAGUCUGUCUGGUGCUUUAUGCAUGGACUACAAACCGUCACCUAUGAGUGAACAUUUGAAGAAGCUGUAUGUGUCCCGUCAUGCCCACCCUGUUCCAAAGGCCAUUCUGUUAGAGAUGGGCGUGUUCCUGGACAAAACAACCUCAAAGACAAACCAGAGUGUUAGUGCAGCAUUUUCAAAAGGUUGAGGUAAUAUAAAACGUGCGUUUGGCCUUACUUAUGCUUAUCUUUAAUACCAAUGAAAAAGAUAAGCGAUAGAGGAGUAAGAGAGAGAUUCAUAAACUAUCGUUGACAACGUGUCUGCAACUGAAUAUAAAAAAAAAUGCUUUUAUUUGCUCAUCUCAUAUGUUAACUUCUAAUUCAAAAAUCUCUAUCAUGACUCUGACUUAAUGUAGCUUGUACCAACAAUUUAUUGUUUUUGCCAUAUCUCUUACAGGUCUUUUUUUUUGUAUUUUCUUGCCUUUAUACGGGCAUUUAAAACAUGUACAAAGCUGUUUUGUUAUGAUUCGCUUUUUGGCUUUUAAUGCCGUCUUUUGAGAGGACAGGACAUUGGAUAGAUUCAGAACAGUGACUUGAGCAGGGAAAGAGAUGCAGUAAAUGGCUGAGGGUUGAAGUCGAACCCACAGCCGCCGCUUCAAAGGCUAUAGCCCUCUGUACAUGGGACGUGCAAUUUAACCAAUGAUCGAAACCAGCGCCUUACAAAUGUGUUUCUUUUCUUUAACUCAAACUGUUAACCUUUUGAUUCUUUGCGGGCUAUUUGAGUACGGUUUCUAAAACAUAUUACUCAUAUUUUUACAAAUAUAUUUUUUAAGUUGUUCAAUAUCUUACCUACUUGAUGCUGAUAUAAAAAUAUAAAUCUGCGAUUUACCUUUAUGUUCUUCAAUAAAAGUUUUCAUAUAACAACAAA